AUGGCGGAGAUCGUGAACCAUUUAAACAACGAUGAUAGCAAGGAAAAAAAUUCAAUCUUUAACUGCCAAGGCAAAAAGGAGCCAGUUGCAUCUGAUAAGAGUGAGGAUGUGUCAAAGUAUCGCCCGAAUCCUGACAUGCUUGUUAGCCGAGAAGAUUUAACCCCUCAGGACGGUCAUGAUGCGUAUCGUCCAGUAAAAUUUGCUCCUACUUCUAUGGAUCAAGAUAAAACCUCAAAGCAAGAAAGAAACGCCUUGCGAAGGGAAAAGGAAAUUCUGAAAGAAUCUAAGCAUAGUAGUUUUAUCAGGACAUUGAUGAAUGAUAUAGAGGAAAAACCUGAAGAGAUAAGAGAUCAUGAGGGAUCUAGCAAAGAAGUUGAGAGACAUAUUGCCAAAAUGGAGGAGCGUGCCCGGCAAGAGGAGGAGCUGUUCAACCGUGUCCCUCUUACGAAGCAUGAGAGGAAGAGAGAGAAAUACUUGAAGAAAUCAAGAAAUGGGUUGGAUGGUCUAACAGAAAGUUUCUUUGAUGAAAUCAAAACGUUACCCUUCGAAGAUGAAACUGGAGAGCAAGUCAUGGGCUCCAGUAAAGGCAGCAACCGUAAUGGGAGGCUGAAGAAGCGAAAGAGGAAACAUUGAAGGACUGAACUGCUAUCUUAAAAACAGACCACUGCAUGCUGUGGUGGGAAGUAAUGCUAGAUUCAGUGCAAGGGAACGCAAAAACUACUGGGUUUGUUUCGGUGCAUUACUCCCUUUCUUGGUUGGUUCCCUAUAUCCUAGAUGCUAGGUGUGUCUAAAGAAAUUGGUUCUGAAGAUUUUAAUGUCUUUUUAUUAUGACCAUGAUUUUUAUUACCAUUGUUUACUGUGAAUCUGGAGUGGAGACUUCAGCAAUGGAAAAUGUUUUUUUUUUGUUGCUAUGAUCAGUGUGCACCCAAUUUUGUGAGGCACGUGUGGUACGUGGAUACUUAUUUUUAGGGUUGUGGAAAGGGCCCCAGAAAGAAGAGAUGGCAUAUGAUGA